AUGACUUUACAAUACGUUAUCGUCUAUAUCUGUGUCAUCAUACUCGCCUAUAACAUGUUCCGUGGCUUGGUAGAGGAGGUCCAUCCUUUAGAUCAUGGGGAACUUGAUGGAGAAACAGAUGACGAGGAUUGGGAGACUGAUGAGGAUGACUCUGACGAUGAAGAUGAUGAUGAUGAUGAUGCAUCGGAUGAUGAAGGUUACGUUUCUGGGACAUGCCAAACGUAA